AUGAUGUCCAAGACAAGGCGCCAAUGUACCUGUCCACUGGUGGUGUUCCUGCUAUCAGUAGCAGCACUGUUUUCUGAUGCCACAGCGCAAAACACCGACACCGUGAUUGGCAUUGCCGGACGCGACUUUGUGAUGAUGGGUUAUUUGGACACCGUCACGAGCAAUAUCCUGGUCACAUCGGCUGUGAUCAACAAGGUUCACGUGAUGCGAGAAAGUGAGGAGGAAACUGUGGUCAUUGCAGCGACGGGUGAUUUGCCUGACGUAGAAACAUUGAUGGCUCAAAUUCGAGAACAAGUGGAAAUGGAAGAUUUCGCAGCGAUGGCCCACGUGGACUUUGAGGACCUGCAACAGUCAACCCCCAUCCCGGCAAGAACCAGUGGGCUUUCGGUCACUGCGAUUGCGAAAUUAGCACGCACUUGUAUUGCCCAGAAUUUGCGAACAGCAUCACCCUAUCGAGUGGGUUUGUUGUUGGCAGGAAUGCACUCUCCCAAGAGAUCUCCUCCUGGCCGAUCUUUGUUUGGAGUCACCACGGCACGAAAGAAGGCAUUGGCAGGCAAGCCUGAUCAUGUAGCAGGACAAGUUCAGCAGCAGCUACAACGGUCGACGUCAUCCUUUUCGCUAGAAGCAGAAAAUGAAGCCCCAGAAGAAACCACGGCAACCGCCCCGGCACGAAAAGAAGAACCACACCUAUACUGGCUCGACGAGUAUGGAUCCUUGCAAAAGAUUUGGUAUGGCUCUCAUGGUUUGGGAUCCAACUUUGUACUGGCUGUCCUAGACCAAGGAUACAACAAAAACCUGUCGAGACAACAAGCUGCAGAAUUGAUCCAACGGUGCUUUCAACAGCUCGAGAAACGAUACAUUAUCAAUUCACCAAGACCGCCAGUCAUCAAAUGCAUUGAUUCAAAGGGCUGUCAGUGUUUUGAUCUCUUGUCAGGGUCAAAGGGAGAUGUUUCAGACAGUUUGUAA